AGCACUGGGUGUUAUACGCAAACAAUCAUGGAACACUACAUCAAAAACUAAUGAUGUAUGGUGAUUAACAUAACAUAAUAAAAUAAAAUUUAAAAAAAGCUUUACAAUCCAAUCUCUUAAGCACAUUAAUACUUUCCAAGAACAUCCCAUAUUUAUAUAACCUUUUCUUGUUUCUGGUUAUAUCAUUCCGAACAGUAAUCAAAUUACAGGUUUUAUAACCUUUUAUCUAGCACGGUUCUCUAAGGAUACAUUCAAACAGUGAUCUGAAAUAAAUUUCCUUUCAGUGUAAAACGUAUACCUGGGAAUUUAGUCAAUACAUUUUACAACUUGUGGUUAGUUUUAGAAAAAUCCCUGCACCCAGCUGGGACUGGGGUUCCAACUUUCCACCACAGCCAAAUGCUUGGAAGGCAAUAGGACACCCAACGCUGUCAAUAGUCAAAGAUCAAAAUGGAACCAGGUGACUCUUAAAGGUCUGUAUUUGUAAAGAAGGGUCGCAGUUCCACGAGUGGCCCCUCAGCAUUACCCUCCAAUGUAAAAAUCCCUGGAGAGAACGAGUUUAAUAAAUUGGUGUUCCACAGACACCUCGCCUCUGGCCAGCUGUCACUCCCGAGGGAGGGAGGGUGGGUCUCGCAACCUGUCCAAUCAGGGGAGACGUCAGGGCAGGUGGGUGGGGCGACGCUCCGCAGGCACUCAGCAGGAGGCUUCUGGCUCUCGCCAUUGUUGGGAUCGCAGCUUCCCUGCGCUUGAAACUUCCACCUCGCUCUGCCGGGGAUUCUGUCUUGCUUAGACCUGUCCCUUCCCCGAAAUCGUAGGUAGAACGUCGGGAGACCCAGGAAAGCUAGAAAUGGACUCAGUGGCCUUUGAGGAUGUGACUGUAAAGUUCACCAUGGAGGAGUGGGCUCUCCUGGAUCCAUCCCAGAAGAAACUCUACAGAGAUGUGAUGCAGGAAACCUUCAGGAACCUGGCCUCAAUAGUGUGUAUUUCAGAAGAAAAAUGGGAAAUCCAUGACAGGGAAGAUCAGAAUGAAAAUCAUGGGACAGAUCUAAGCAGUCAAAUGGUAGAAAGACUCUGUAAAAGUAAAGAAUGUAGUCAGUAUGAAGAAAUCUUCAGCCAGAUUCCAUAUCAUAAUCAGAAGAAGAAAAGUCCUACUGGAAUAAAACUACGUAAAUGUACUUUAUGUGGACAAGUCUUCAUGUAUCAUUCAUCCUUUAACAAGCACAUGAGAUCUCACACUGGCCACAAACCAUAUGAAUAUCAGGAAUGUGAAGAGAAGCCUUAUAAAUGUAAGGAAUGUGGGAAAUCCUUCAAGCAUCGCCAAUCCAUUCGAAUGCAUGAAAGGACACACACUGGACAGAGGCCCUAUGAAUGUAAACACUGUGGGAAAGCUUUCAUUUGUCACAAUUACUUUCAAAUUCAUGAAAGGGCACACAGUGGGGAAAAGCCCUACAAGUGUACAAAAUGUAGUAAAACCUUUAGUUAUUCAAGCAACUUACGUAAACACGAAAGGACUCAUAUUGGAGAGAAACCUAGUGAAUGUAAGCAAUGCGGUAAAACUUUCAGUUGUCUCAGGUCCUUUCGAAUACACGAAAGGAUACACAGUGCCAAAAAGCCUAAGGAAUGUACAAAAUGUGGUAAAACCUUCAGUUAUUCAAGUAAUUUACGUAAACAUGAGAGAAGUCAUAAUGGGGAGAAACCCUAUGAAUGUAAGGAAGGUGGGAAAGCCUUGCAUUCUCUUACCAAAUUUCGAAGAUACAUGAUCAAGCAAAGUGGAGAUGGACUUUAUAAAUGUAAAGAGUGUGGGAAAGCCUUCAGGUGUCCCAAAAACUGUCGUAGUCAUGAAAUGACACACAGUGGAGUAAAGCCCUAUGAAUGUAAGGAAUGUGGUAAAGCUUUCAGUUCUCUUAGGUCCCUUGGAAAACACAGAAGAAUUCAUACUGCAAGGAAGCCUCAUGCAUGUAAGGAAUGUGGUAAAGCUUUCCGUUAUCCCAGUUCCCUUCGAAAUCAUGAAAGAACUCAUACUGGGGAGAAACCUUAUAAGUGUAAGGAAUGUGGGAAAGCUUUCAGUUGUCCCAAUUACUUUCGAAUUCAUGAAAGAACUCACACCGGAGUCAAACCAUAUGAAUGUAAGCAAUGUGGAAAAGCUUUCAGUUGUCCCCAGUCCUUUAGAAUACACGAAAAGACACAUAGUGCAGAAAAACCCUAUGAAUGUACAAAAUGUGGUAAAGUCUUCAGAUAUUCAAGUAACUUACGCAAACAUGAGAGAUCUCAUACUGAUGACAAACGCUAUGAAUGUAAACUAUGUGGUAAGGCCUUCAGCAGUCACUAUUAUGUUCAAAAACAUGAAAGAACUCACACUGGAGAAAAGCCUUAUGAAUGUAAGGAAUGUGGGAAAGGCUUCAUUUUUCGCUCAGGUGUUCGAUCACACAUGGUAAUCCACACUGGAGAUGGACCUUAUAAAUGUAAGAAAUGUAAGAAAGCAUUUAUUUCUCCCAGUUCGUUACGAACGCAUGAAAGAACUCACACUGGAGAGAAACCUUAUCAAUGUAAAACUUGUUGCAAAGCCUUCAGUCUUGUUAAUUCUUUACGAAAUCAUGAAAGAACUCAUGUGAAAGAAAGUCUGUGAAAAUAAGGAAUGUAAGAAAGCUGUCAUUUGUUGUAUAGUCUUUCAUGCAUGCUGGAGAGAAAUUGCAGAAAUGUACGGAAUGUAGGAAAGCCUGUUUUCUUCAGAACUUACCAAAAAAGUCAGUGGAGAGAAUUCCAUUGGUCGUAAACAAUGUAGGUAAUCUUCCAUUUGUCCCACAUCGUGGAAAAACCAGGUUAGAUUAUUCACUGAAUUCAUACUAUAGAACUAAAAAAUAAAAACUCUAUAAUUUUACAGAUAUUUUCAAGGUAGUGUGAAAAUUAUAUGGGAAAGAAAUAAGUAAUAUGGGUAAGCUUUGUGAACAUGAAUUCAUGUAGAAUGCUUCUGAAAAUCCACAACAUUAAAGAAAUGUAAUAAAUGUUAUAUGGUCUUUAUCACGUAUUCAUUCUUAAAGUAAUUCUCUGUACCGUGGACUUCCACUUACUUUUGCAAGCAGAUAUUGAAGUGAGAUAAUUAUGUAGGUACUUUUAAAGUGAGAGUUCCUAAGUUUAGAAAGUAAAUUUUUCCUUAGUAAUAUUUUUGUAUUCUUAUUUUGAAGUCUGUUGGAUCCAUGGGUGAUUGAAGUGUAUUUCUAAUAUGCAAGUAAGUUUAAUUUUUGUAUUUAAAAUUCUAUAAGGACUGUUGAAAAGUAAUAGUUUCAUAUUUUCCUUUCCCUGGUGUCCUCCUGUGGGGCAAGUACUCAAUAUGCUUUAGCUAUAUUUUGCAUUUCUUUAUUAUCAGAAAGUUCCCUUCUCAUUGGCCUGAAGAGCCCUAUUCUGUUUUCCUAAAUAGUUGCCAUAUAGUUGUGAGUAUGCAAAGUUCAUCAUACAGUAUAUUCUCAUGUGAAUUAUUAUUUUCUUCUUUUGUCCUUUGUUCUUUGUCAUUGGUUAUGGCUGGGAUUUGGAGUAUAGAGUUACAUUAAGAACAGAGGCCUGUGUGAGAUAGAACAAUAAAUCUAGAGUUGGAGAUGACCCUCCUUGGUGUUGUUAAUGUCGAAGUCAGUAAUGAGAACUACUGUUCCUAGAAUCUGUUGCAUUUAUGGUUUCAUGUUAGAAUUCACCAAGGCCUAAUUUAUAUGAAACUUGUGAUACAGAAGUGAAAUAGGAUUAGGCACAUUUCUCAGCCACCUGUAGAGAGGUAGGUAGAAGCAUACACCUUCACAGACACGUGCUCCCAGCCUGUUUUCCUCAUUUUUUCCCCUGGCAAUCAAGAAUAAUCUGAAAAUCACCACCAACUGCUUCAUUUCCAUUUGAUCUGAGCAGUAGGCUUCACACUUGUCUCCAGAGUUCUACAUCAAAGAUCCACCAUGGGUUUAAAUUUUCCUGCAAGCCCUCAGGUAUCCACAGAUGUAGAUUGUUAUGGUUGACAAUGUUCUCUGAAGUGCUACUCCCCUUUUCUGGAUUUUAUUCAUAUAAAGUCUAAUUUGUAUAGUAAACAUAUUUUUCUGUUAAUACCACUAUUGGCUGUGUUCUUUUGGGAUGAUGGAGUGUUCUCUAUCUUGAGAGUGUUAUAAUUAUACAUUUGUGAAAAUGCAUGGGGCGCCUGGGUGGCUCAGUUGUUAAGCGUCUGCCUUCCGCUCAGGUCAUGAUCCCAGGGUCCUGGGAUCGAGCCCCACAUCAGGCUCCCUGCUUGGCGGGA